AUGUCUCAGACUUCGAUUGAACCUGUCGAUAGAGAUAAUGGAAAGCCAGAUAACCUAAAUGAUAUGUCGUAUGAAAGGUCUCCCUCUCCUGGAAAAAUUGGGAAACAAAGGAGGAAAAAGAAACGUGGGAACAAGAAAAAGAGUCAACUUAGACUUGAAGAUACUGAUCAAAGUAUACAACAAAACCAGCAGGGAACCCAGGAGUACGAAACACAAGAGGAUGAUUACUACAGUGAACAUCUGUACAAUGGUGAGUUGUUAAUGCAUACAUAUCACACACUACCAUUAUCACUGCGAAAAUUUUGGAAUCGAAGAUACGAAUUAUUUUCUAGAUACGACGAAGGUAUAUAUCUUUCAGCAGAACUAUGGUAUAGUGUGACUCCAGAAUUGAUUGCCAAAUAUAUUGCACAGCUCUUUGUCAAGAUUUUACCACCCGAUGCUAAUUACGGAUUGGAUGUGUGUUGCGGAGGAGGCGGGAAUAUGAUCCAGUUUGCCCAAUUUUUUGACUCAGUAGGUGGGAUAGAAAUCAAUGGCACGAAUUUGUGUUGUGCUGAACAUAAUGCACAGGUAUAUCAAGUUCAAGAUAAGACGUGGACAUUGAAAGCCGACUGGAGAGAAAUUACUAAACUUAAAGAGAAUAAAGAAAUAAAUUACGAUUGGAUUCCGGAAAGUAUACGAGAAGCAAGGAAAAACGUACCAUCUAAUCGGAUAUUUGACUUUAUAUUCAGCUCCCCACCAUGGGGAGGCACGAACUAUGAUCGACAUGAAUUCAAUUUAUAUGCUAUGCAACCAUUCAAUAUCACCGAACUUUUGAAAACAAUGACGCAAUACACCGAUAACAUUGGGUUAUUUCUCCCGAAGCUGUCGAACUUGAUGCAAUUGAGCUUAACUACUAAGGAGGUAUAUGGUGACUAUAAAAAAUGCAGGGCGGUUUAUAUAAACUCAAAAGGCAGGUGUGUUGCUUUAUUGGCAUUAUUUGGCGAUACAUUUACAGCGAGAUUUGAUGAAUUGGACGAUAUCAGUGAGGAGGCUUUAUUAGGAACUGCUGUAGAUGAGACCGAUCAAGGUGAAAAGAACGCCGGUCAAGGAAAUGUGGACAACGAAACAGAGGACGAGGACGGAGCUUCGGAUGCGGAAAAUAGAGAAGAAGUUGCAGAAAGUAGCUCUGAAGAGGUAGAAUCGGAUAUAGGGGAAUAUAACUAA